CUGGGGUGGGGACAGUGAAGGCUGGGGGAGAGAAGCAGAGAAUGAAAGCAGGUGGGGAGGAAAGGGAAGUAGGUCAGAUAGGGUGCUGGUCCCCCAUUCCAAGCCAAGGCCGAGAGAACCAGCCCCUGAUCCUAUGGCUGCCCAGAUGGCAUCAUGCUGCCUGAGGCACUGCCUAGUACUGGGCAUUUGGGGUCAGAAGUCACUGCCCAGAGGCCUGCUCAGAUGGAAGAGUGUUGCCCUGGUACUGCCCCCUUCUUGGUGGCUGAGAGACCCAGUUCUGGCCCAAAGCCGAGGUCCUAAAACAGGUAGUAGAUGGGCUCCAGGCCGGGCACUGCCCUCUGAUAGAAGCCUCUGGGCCUGCUUCAGGGCUUCCUGCCUCCAGCCGGCUCAGCUCCCUGACCUUCUGAGUGAAGACCGCCCUGCCACCAGGCCUUGGGGCCUAUGCCUGUUUUGGCCUAAGGCUGAAGAGGAGGGUGGGGGAGGAAGGUGGGGACAGGCAGAGGGAUAGGACCCUGGCAUGGGGUGUGCCCGCCCUGGCCUCUUCCCCCUCCUUCUGCUGAGUAAACUCGUGAGUAAACUUGACGUUUUGCCCGGACAGUUUGAAGUUGCCUCGCCGCCCCCCCACCCCCAGUCCUGCCAACACACAGGCGGCCAGGCGCCAAGGCGGGCCUGGGGGACUGGGGGAAGGGGUUAGGGCUACUGUCAUCCACCAUCGAGGGCCUUAGAGAGGCAAGAAUGACCCCCACCCCCACCCCCACCCAGCCAGACCCAGGUCUUGGCAAGAGUCUUGGCUGGGGCCUGGAAGCAUCUGUCCCAGGGCCUCGGGGAGCCCAGGGAAAGUGGCCUGGAAACAGAGGCUCUGCCCACUUCUGACUUCCACCCCUACUAAGGAAAGGCACCCAACUGCCAUCUGGUCCCCUGAUUUGCCACCUUCAAUGUUCACAGGCUGCCUGGCACAAGGGGAAAGCUACCUUUAGCAAAUUCCACAGGGAGACCAGACCGGUAUGCCCUCUUUAUUCUGUCCCGCAGCCUGGAAUGGGUGGGAGGCUGGUGGUCUUCCUUGACUUCUCAACCCUAUCCUCACUGAGGCCCCCCAGCUGUCGUGGCCUUGGCCCCAGAGGAUGGCGUCGUCAUUUGCCAGCACAGUGCCUUGACCCCACGCCUGGGCCUAACCCCACACACAUCUCCCUCUGCUCUCCUACCCGUCAGGCUUGGCCCUGACCUCCCCCAACCCCUUCCUCUACCUUCUCGCUUCCUAGAACCGAGUCAGCCUUCAGAGCUCUCCAGCCAAAAAAUACCUGUGCCAGAUGCAGGGGUGGAGGGUGCCCCAGACAAAAGAAGGCUGGUGGCAGGUAAACGGAGCCAGUGACCCCCACAAACACAGCAAUUUACUAUUACUUGACAUCCCUAAUUCCUCUUAUGGCUCCCAGGCCACCAGAAUGGCAGGGGGAAAGGCCGUCCCAGCCCCUGCUGGGCCUCGGAGUGGGGCUCCACCAGGCCCUUGCUUUCGACCUCAUGUCUCUGGCUUCAGUUUCCUUCCUGUUUCCACCGCCCCCCCCAACUCCUCCCCACCCAUAUGCCCCUUUCAACAGACAUCCUCUCCUCCUUCCUUCCUCCUUUCCUCCCCCUUUGCCCGGGAGUAGGGGGUCCUCUCCUCCCACCAUGGACCUCCUGCCUUUUACCUCUUCUAAACACAGUCCCCUUGGAGAUUCAUGACCAAGUCCUUUGCUCUGCCCUCCCCACUCCAUCAGCCCAGGUCUUCUCAAGGGAACUACAACUCCCAAUGUACAUGCAAACCAACUGUGGUGCAUACUGGGAGUUGUAGUCCUUGAUCUCUCAAUUUGGUUCAGUCUGGAAAUUUUUCUGGAUGGGAGUAAAAGUAGGCUGGGAUGAAUUGGAAUGUGGGUACUCUCUGCAUUCCCCCCACCUUAUCCUCACUGUCUUGUUCCCACCUGACACCAUGUACCCAUAAGUGACAUCCAUCCCCCAGCUGAGACAGGCUACCCAUUCUCACCUUAGGACCCCACCCAAGAGAUGCCCACACCCUGCCCUGCUGCCCCUGGCAAGGGUGAAAUGGAGGGGCCCCAUGAACUCUCUCCCUGCCCCCUGCCCCCUGCCCUCUAGGCUGGUUCCCUCCCUUUAUGGGGAUCAAAGGGCAUAGAACAGCCCCACCCCACUCCCUGCAGGCUGCGGGCACUAGAGCUCUCAGGAGUUGCAGGGACUUUGGUGCCCAAGCAAAUGCUUGGGCAGGGGGAAUGCUGGGAGGCUGGCACCUGGUGGCAGGGAGAGACACUGGCCCCUACCUUGGGGAAUGGAGCCUUCCAUAACCGCUCAUUGAGCUGUCCACAGCACCCUGGGCUCUCUGUGUGUGGACCCUAACCCAUGCACUGCCUCUUGAGGAGAUAGCUUGAGAACAGGGUCUUGGGCCCUAUCUGUAGGACCUAGGGGCCUGGGCCUGCCUAGCUGGCACAAAGGCAGAAGGGUGACCCUCCCCCACCCCAGGCCCACAGUUGGCAUAGGGCGCUGGGAGCCAGGGGGGUAGGAGGGAGAGGAGGGCAGGACUGCCAGCAUCCUGGUGGGUAGGUGCCAACCGGGCCGGGAGCUGGUGAGGGGCAGCAGGCCAGCAGCAUUGAGCCAGCAGCUGUUGGGGGGAAAGGGGAGGAGAUAUUUUAGGGGGCAUUUCUGUGAUCCUCCCUCCCAGCCCAGAAGGACUUGGGAUGGCCUAGUGUCUGGGGGACCCAGGGCACCCCUCGUUCCAGGAAGAAGAGACCCCAGAAAUUGUCUAAGUGGAACCUUGUGGCCCACCCAUCUCUGGGCUCAGAGCCCUCCUGAGUUGCCCCUCAGGCCCAGGCGGGUCCCACCCAACCGGCCAGGGUGGCAGCAGCUUACGCAAGGGGUGGGGCUAGGCUCUUCCCAGCAGAUGCCCCCUCCCUUCUCCUUCCUCUUUCGGUGCCCACAGCUCCCCCAUCUGUCCACCCCCCCUCAGGCCAGCUCUGUCCCCCUGAUCCCCCUGGCCACUGGGGGCUGGCACAAGUGCUGCCCCCUGGCCUGGUUGGCAGGGGCCUGGCGCCCGGGCAAGGAACUGUGGAGAAGAUGGGGAGUCCUGAGGAUGACCUGAUCGGGAUUCCAUUCCCAGACCACAGCAGCGAGCUCCUGAGCUGCCUCAAUGAGCAGCGCCAGCUGGGCCACCUAUGUGAUCUCACAAUCCGGACGCAGGGCCUUGAAUACCGCACCCACCGGGCUGUGCUGGCUGCCUGCAGCCACUACUUCAAGAAGCUCUUCACCGAGGGCGGUGGGGGAGCGGUCAUGGGUGCUGGGGGCGGUGGGACGGCCCCUGGGGGAGCAGGGGGCGGCGUGUGUGAGCUGGACUUUGUGGGGCCAGAGGCACUGGGUGCCCUGCUCGAGUUUGCCUACACAGCCACACUGACCACCAGCAGCGCCAACAUGCCGGCCGUGCUCCAGGCUGCCCGGCUGCUGGAGAUCCCCUGUGUCAUCGCUGCCUGCAUGGAGAUCCUGCAGGGCAGCGGACUGGAAGCUCCCAGCCCCGACGAGGACGACUGUGAGCGAGCUCGUCAGUACCUGGAGGCCUUCGCUACAGCCACAGCCUCCGCCUCGGCCGCAGGAGUUCCCAACGGAGAAGAGAGCCCCCCGCAGGUGCCCCCGCCACCACCACCACCGCCGCCUCGGCCUGUUGCCCGCCGCAGCCGCAAGCCCCGGAAAGCUUUCCUGCAGACCAAGGGAGCCCGGGCGAACCACCUCGUGCCCGACGUGCCCAUGGUGCCCGCCCAUCCCUUGACCUACGAGGAGGAGGAAGAGGCGGCGGGCCGCGUGGGCAGCAGUGGGGGCAGCGGGCUAGGGGACAGCUACAGCCCUCCCACAGGGACUGCCUCUCCCCCUGAGGGGCCCCUGAACUAUGAGGCCUAUGAGGGUGAGGAAGAAGAGGAGGAGCUGGUCUACCCCCAGACCUACGGGCUGACGCAGGGCGGCGGACCCCCGCUGUCUCCAGAGGAGCUGGGCUCAGAUGAGGACGCCAUCGAUCCUGACCUGAUGGCCUACCUGAGUUCCCUGCACCAGGACGCCCUGGCGCCAGGCCUGGAUGGCCAGGACAAGCUAGUGCGCAAACGCCGCUCCCAGAUGCCCCAGGAGUGCCCGGUCUGCCACAAGAUCAUCCACGGGGCGGGCAAGCUGCCGCGCCACAUGAGGACCCAUACGGGUGAGAAGCCCUUUGCCUGUGAAGUGUGCGGCGUCCGUUUCACCCGGAAUGACAAGCUGAAGAUCCACAUGCGGAAGCACACAGGAGAGCGCCCCUACUCCUGCCCGCACUGCCCAGCCCGCUUCCUGCACAGCUACGACCUCAAGAACCACAUGCACCUGCACACAGGGGACCGGCCCUAUGAGUGCCACCUGUGCCACAAGGCUUUCGCCAAGGAGGACCACCUGCAGCGCCACCUCAAGGGCCAGAACUGCCUGGAGGUGCGCACCCGGCGGCGCCGCAAGGACGAUGCGCCCCCUCACUACCCCCCACCCUCUGCGGCCACCCCGUCCCCUGCUGGCCUCGAUCUCUCCAAUGGCCACCUGGACAACUUCCGCCUCUCUCUGGCUCGAUUCUGGGAGCAGUCAGCCCCUACCGGGCCCCCGGUCUCCACCCCAGGGCCCCCUGAUGACGAUGAGGAGGAAGGGGCACCCGCCACACCUCAGGCCGAAGGUGCCAUGGAGUCCUCUUAAAGAGGGACCAGUGGCUGAGCUGGAGCAGCACCGGGCCGGGGACGCCCAUGCCAAGCAGUGGGAGUGUGUAGCACAGACGGUGCUGGGGGACCGGGGCAUUGAGCCUCCCUGGCAUUGGAAAUAGGCCCCUUGCCCCAGAACCCUCAUUCCAGUUCCAAGCUGAGAAGGUGUGGGGGCAGAGGCUCCCCAGAUUGGGGUGCUCUCCCAAGGAGUGAAACAUAUGACAUGUAUAUAUUUACAGCUCUAUUGUAAAGGUGGGGUCCCUGUCCCCAGCUGCUCCUGGGGAGUAGAAGCAAUAAUGUAUUUCUGAUUUGUGGGGUCCCUCUUCGGCUAUGCGGGUUUCUAGGGGGUGGGGGGCUUGGGACCAAAGCCUCGCCCCGCCCCCACGCCCCUUGGGGUUUUGGCUGUGUAAGGGGCUGAAGGACUGCCCCUCCCUUUCAAGACCCCUCCUUCCUGGUUUCUGUUCCCUUUUCCUGGCAGUGAAUUAUGCAAAGGGGGGCGGCAAAGGAAGGGUAAGUGGGGGGAAAGCAAGGUAGAAGCUUGAAAGACUGGGGGACUGGGCCUGUAAGGAAGGAGCCAUCCUAGUCCCCCUCCGCCCUGCUCCCAGCGCUGAGUCAUGGGGUCCUGGAGAAGGGGGCGGGGUGGCCUGAUUGGCUCGCCCGCCCCUGGGGGCAGCGGGAGGGGCCCGCCCAGCUAGGGGAGCCGCUCGCUGGUUCUCCUCCCCUGCCCUCCCCUCCCGCGUCCCCGGGCAGGGAAUGUCUUGUUCCCGCCGCUCCCUCCCCGGGGCCAGAGGGCAGGGCGGGCCGGGCGGUGUCCUACCCUCGUCUCCUCCUCCCCACCUCCUCCCCGCCCAGGUGCAAGCCGGAGCCGCCGCGCCACCACCACCGCUGCCGCCCCUGACUCACGCCGCCCCCGGGCUGGCGCGGUGCAGGGUGUGGGACCGGGUGAGGGGUUGGGGGGAGCCUUGCGGAGAACGGGCGAGCCGGCGCCAUCUGGCGGUCGUGCCCGGCGCGGGCGAGCGCCCCCGGCGGCCACUGCCAGCCAACCGUCUUCGCUCACCUCCGCCAUCCCCAGCUGGUGAGCGGCGCCCCCUUGCCAAGGCCAUGGGCAAAUAACUUCUUGCUCGGCCGCAGGGAAAGUGGGCUCCGGACCUGUGGGAAAGGGAUCCUUUCCCCAGACCCUGGCCGGCCAGGCUUCCGGUUGGGUUGGGGAAAAUAAUCCCCCUUAGGAUUGAAUCCACCCCCGUUCUGUACAUAGCCUUUUCUGUUGGUCUUGUUGAAAUCUAGUUUCAGAUUUUUAACUACCCAAUUCUGCUGGGGGUGGGGGUGUCCCCCCCUCUUCCUCGCUGGGUGCUGGACCCCGUUCGGCCUGGGCUCUGCCUUGCACUAUUUCCCCUCCCUGGCCUGGCGGCCCCUCCCCCUCCUUAAAAGGGGCAGGUUCAGGGGCCCGGUGCUCUCCCUCCCUCCCGUUGCACCCCCAUGCCCAUUUGCACAGCUGCCCAGGCACCCCCAUUAGUUGGGGGGGGUCGCAGGGAGGGGGUAGCGGGACCAGUCCUUGUAUCUAUUUAAAAAGUGAUGAUGUAAUAUAUUGGGGUAGGGGGAGGUCAGGUUGCCCUGGGCCUCAUCUUAGCAUUUCAGGUGAUGGGGGAGCCUGGGGCUGAGGAGACCUGGGGCCUAGCCCCAGGGAGUGAGGACAAUGUGGCCUCCCCCCUCCCCCCUUGCGGCUUCUCCACUCAGUGCCUUAGGGGGGGAGGCAGUCCCCCCUCUCCUGUUCCCUUCCCCUUGCCCUGCCCCCCACCUCGGGUGUAAGCGACAGGAAGAAAUAAUAAUAAUUUAAGAUUCACA